UCUCUUCUCUUUAGCCUAAAGUGCGCAGCAAUGGGGCUGCGUUGAUGACUGAUGACAACAAUUUUGACAGUAGUUUUUUUUGUUACUAAAGUUGCAGAACAUUUCCUAACCCUUUGUUUCUUAUCUCUCCACAGUAGGUUCACUGCCAGGCUCAAGGCUCAAGCAAGAAGAAAGAAGAAAGAUUCAAGGUUCAAGAAAGAAGACGUCAAGACCUUUUCCGACCGUCAAGAUCCCCCAGUGCACUUGGUGUUUUUGAGUUGGACUUCCUGAACUCUCUUUCUUCCUGAGAAUUGGCUGUUGACUUCCUGAGCUUUUUGCUUCCUGAGGGCUUCGGCCUUUCAUGGCCACCCUGCCUUUUUGUUUUGGUAAGUUAUCUUUUCCUUUAAUCUCUUUAUUUUCUUUCUUGUUCUGUCAUCACUUGUCAUCAACGUUCUCGCCCCCCUGCUUCGUUUCCUUAAUGUCCGUACCACUGCGUGGUUCCAGACUUUUUCUCUUUUUGGCCGCUGUCUGCUCCUUUCAUUUCCAUGGUGUCUCUAUACCGCUGCUUGGUCCGAGUCUUUUCCUCCUUGGACCACUGCUGAAUAACUGGGUCUAAACCGAUGUUUAUAAUGUUCCUAUGUAUUUGUACAUUCCGUAGCAUCUACAAAUAAAUUACUCUAUGAUAAAAACCUUUUCUGAAGACAGACAUAAAUAAGUAACCUUUCAAAUAUCUAGUAGCUGAAAAAAUAUGCGCUGUAUUGGCCAGUGCG